AAUCAGCGCAAAAAUUCUAGGCCGACCUCAAGGAUGAGAGAGUGAGCUAAACAACUUCUGCUGGUCCUCUUCUUCGCUCCAAAGAUCCGGAAUGUCCUUUUCGAAAUCUAGCAUGAAGAUCAAGAUCCAAAAUUUAGAAAAAGAGAAUCUUCCAUUGUGAGCACUCCAGCCACCCACAGCGUCUUCCGUAGAGUUCCCGAAAUUUAGAAGGCACCCGAAAUCAUGCUCUCGGAAAGAAAUAGACGGCACUAAAAAUCUGUCGCCUCUCCAGGAUACAAAUCAUCGAUCCACCUGUGAAAUUAUGAUCCUUAUUUCCCGCUUAGAAGGCGACUGUUUUGACAGUUGAAAACAACAUCCAUAAUCCAAAAACUCAUCUCUUUCCAAAAACAAAACAGUAGGGCUGAAAACUAUUCAAAAAACGGACUUUAGCUGAUCUCUCGAGGAUCUGCUAGCGUCGAAAACUUAUUAUAAAACUGAUAAGUAAAAAACCGAAAAAACUAAAAAAAAUCGCUCAACACAACCACACUUGCAUAAAAACUAAACUAAAAGUUCUCUUCGACAUAAAAAAUUUCUAAAUCUCUUCAAAACCUACUACCUCUCUACGGAAUUACACGUCAUACCUGAAACUCUCGUCGCUUUCAUCCACGACCAUAAAAAACUACUAAAAUCUACUACACCUUGUGUUUGUGUAUUUUAACUGUAAAUCUUACGUUUAAUCUUCUUAUUCUUUAGACGCAACCUCCCACCACAUCAAGAUGAUGCAACAACCCGCAGUCCAAGCUAGUGCCGCCCCGGUCCCGGGAGCCGGCCAGCCGGGCGGCGCCCCGCAGUUCGCGUCUCUGUACGUCGGCGAUUUGGAUCCGGAGGUGACGGAGGCCAUGCUGUACGAAAUCUUCAACACCGUUUAUCAUUUGUAAAAACGUCCCCACCCCAUAGUUGUCAUGCAAUUCUGCAUGCCAAAAAAGUUUCUCAUGCGGAGCACUAUGAGAAGCAUUUGCUGUUCGUGUUUUGGAAUUUGUGAUGCUAGAAUCAGCAUGCUAUGCUAGGUCUGUGAUGCUUCUGAACUAGCAAAAAAGGACUACACUACGAGGACAAACUUGUCAUGCCAAACAACCAAAGCUGGUUGAUUUGUCUAGCAGAUUUCCCAUCUUGACUCUGGUGUGGGGACGUUUUUACUCAGGAUACCGUCGGCCCGGUCGCCAGCAUCCGUGUCUGCCGCGACUCCGUCACCCGUCGCAGUCUGGGAUACGCUUACGUAUGUUUAUACAUUUUUUUGGAUUCUUUAGAUUUUAUGGUUCGGUGCUGACGAUUUAGAUUAUUCGUUCGCACUUCACGACGCUAGGUCCUGUUUGACCUUGUUGUAGUGCUCGCGGAGCAGGAUUUGAUUCAGCCUUACUGCGGAUUUAGAUCUGUGCCAGGUGACAUUAAGAUGUGAAGAUUUACAAAAUUUAAAGAUUGACGGGAGGAACGUUCGAGAGAGAAGUUUUUGCGAGGGUUGAGGACGUCGCCAUGCCAAAACGCAUUUCAGUUUUGUUUACCAUGUCAACAAACCUACAACAAAACAGGUGAACUUCCACUCCGCUGCGGAUGCCGAGCGUGUCAUGGACACCCUGAACUACUCGACCAUCAAGGGACGCUGCUGCCGUAUACUAUUUUUUAAAUUUUGAUGCAUGACGGACGAGAUUCGGAUGCUUGUAGGCGGAUCAUUUGCCUCCAAUGGGCUGUUUCAUAUCGGUGUUUGAAAAUUCUGUGGUAGUAGUACAUGAGACCGCAAUCUAAAUCGGUUUCGAGCAUGAGAAGUCACUGUUUCAUCUCGCCCCUGCAAUACAAAUUUAGGUAUCAUGUGGUCCCACCGUGACCCGAACCUGCGCAAGACCGGCAACGGCAACGUCUUCGUGAAGAACCUGGAUAAGGCGGUCGACAACAAGGCCCUGUACGACACCUUCUCCCUCUUUGGGAACAUCUUGUCUUGCAAGGUCGCGACCGAUCAGGAGGGCAAGUCCCGCGGCUACGGUUUCGUGCACUACGAAACCGCGGAAGCGGCCAAGCAGGCCAUUGAGAAGGUACUUUUUAGUGUUAUAGGAGUUUGGGAGGGAAGACGAGGGGCUUUGUGAUGCAUGUAGCCAGAUGUUGAGAGAGCGAUAAAUCUACGUUUAGAUGCUUUUAAAAACAUGUUAUUGUUCCGAGUUGUAGUGCGAGAGUGUAAGUAGUGAUUUACCUGCAUGAGACAACGCUGUGCGUGCUGCUGUGUCACAGUGCAUCAUUAAGCUCGGCAUGAAAACUCAAAUCGGCUUCUCUAUCACAGGUGAACAACAUGCAAAUCGGUGAGAAGACUGUGUACGUCGGCGAAUUUAUCCCGCGUGACGGACGCACCCCGGCGGAGAUCUAUCCUGUGCAAAAGUAUCGUACUCGUACGAAUUGCAACCAUGCAUGACAAAUCUUGUUUCUUAGCGAAAUCAGCAUUACAAAUUCCAUUUUUCCUUCUGGAAAAAUUUAUAUUGCGAUUUGUACUAGUGCGAUACUUUUGCAAUGCAUAAGAUCACCAACUUCACGAACAUCUACGUCAAGAACUAUCCGGAUGAGUGGGAUGAGGCCAAGAUUCUGGAGGAAUUUGGCAAGUUCGGAAAGGUCACCAGCAGCAUGACCCAGAAAGACAAGAAGGUAAUUGCUGUUGCGUUUUGAUAUGCACGACAGAUUCAUAAUUCUCUUUCGUGUACAAUGCUGUCGUUGCUGAUGCUGAAGAUGGCGUGUUGUGAGAGAAGCUUGUGAAGAAGAAUACAUUGAAUUUCACUUGUGAGAAGAAAUCUAAAUUGCAGUUUUGAAGAAAUUUUCGCAUGACAAAAAAAUCUUUCCAACAGAACCGCAACUUCGCCUUCUUGAACUACGAGACCGCGGAAGAGGCCCGCGCGGCCAUCGAGGACAUGCACAAGAAGGACCUCCGGUCCGAGGAGGAAAAAGAGAAGUACCCGGACGGCAACCCGGCCGACAAGGUCGUCUCGGCCGAAGACGGCAAGGAGCCGAAGGAGAUUAUCGAUCCGGAUGACCACCCGGACCACCUGCUCUUCGUCUCCCGCGCUAUGACCAAGGCGGAGCGCGAACAGAUGCUGAAGAACAAGUUCAAGUCUACCUGGUCCGCCCCGGUGGGAGUCAACUUGUACAUCAAGAACCUGCCGGAGGACUGCACCGACGCGGAGCUCCGAACCAUGUUCGCGACCUUUGGAGAAAUCACCUCCGCUAUCAAAUGCAAAUAUGUCAUCUGGGGGUGGAAGAUUGGAAGACUUGCCAUGCAGGUUUGCCAUGGCGCGUGAGGUCUGUCAUACAUGACCCAGCAUGACAGAUUUUGUCCGACCUCUAUCAUGCCUCGUUUGCAUGAGAAACUCCCCCUCAGCUUGGUCAAAAGUGGUCAGCUUUUGGUACUCUUGCAACACAGAUUUUUGCACUAUCCAGAAUUCGCAUGACAAGUUGCAUCAACCUUCCAGACCCAGACAUAUUUGCAAUGCAUAUCCGCGCGGGUGAUGAUGGACGCCAAGUCCCGAUCCAAGGGCUUCGGCUUCGUCUGCUACAAGACCCCGGACGAGGCGACUAAAGCGGUCACGGAAAUGCACUUGAAGGUAUAGGUUGUUUUUGCAUUUUUGCAUCACAGAAUUAAGGCUGAGUACUUGCUUUUGCAUCACAGAUUUUUUUGUUGUUCAGAAGGAUUCAGUUCUACAGUGCGGUUUCAGCAUGACAGAUUGGUAUAUUUCGUCCAAGGUCUUCUAUGAAUCACAAAAACUUUUAUCCCUAUCACUACAGACUGUCAAGGGCAAGCCGUUGUACGUGGGUCUCGCGGAGAAGAAGGACGAGCGGGUGAACCGACUGUCCCAGCGCUACAAGGUAUGAAAUGCAAAAAUGUCUCGGUCUGGGAGAUUGCGAGAUUUGUCAUGCAAUUUUUGCAUGAUCCGUGAGGUUUGUGAUGCAGGUCCUAGCAUCACUGAUUUUUUGACAGCUUCUUGAUGCUUGUCACGCAUGAGAAAUGCCCUCUCCGCGUGCCACGAACUGGACUCCUCUUGCUGCUCAUGCAACACAGAUACUUUUAGAAUCCACAGACAGCAUUACAAGUUCCACUCUUCAAGACCGAGACGCUUUUGCAUUUGAUACAAGGGCGAGAAGGGUGGCAAGGGUGGUCUCGUCACCUUCGACGGCACCAAGGGCCAGAUGGCCCCCAACAUGAUGGGCGGAAAGGGCCAGACCGCACCCAACAUGAUGGGUGGCUACCAGACCUACGGCAUGGGCCAGCAGCCCGUCCAGAACGGUAUUGUUGAAUGGAAAGCUCUGUAGGUGCGUCUCGUGGAAUUGCACAAAUGCCUUGUGAUACUAGAAAGGCCGUCUGUGAUGCGCAAAUAGUUUUCUAUGCAAAAACCAAACAGGUCAGAUGAAGGGUCAGAUGAUGCCGAUGCAGAUGCCGCAGAUGCUGGGUCAGCAGAACGGUCGUCCGAUGCAGCAGAUGGGCUUCCCGGGCAUGCGUCCGCCGAUGCAGGGCUACCCGGCACCGCAACAGCUCAACCCGAUGAUGAUGAAGGUAGAACUUUAUGUUUAGGUUCUAAUGGAAUCGUGCAUAGCAGAACCUUGUUGCUAUGCUGUAUUGCGCAUGACAGACAGGGACAGCAAAACACGUAUAUAGUGGUGCUCGUCGUAGUUGUAGUGUAACAACCUCGGUGUGUUGCGAUCAAGGGUUUAGGAUUUUGGAAGGCAUGGUUGGACUUUCAGAAAUCUGCAUGUUUAGACACAUUUCUCUCUCUCUCUCUCAAAACCAGGGUCAGCAGAUGAUGCCGAUGCAGAUGCAGAAGGGAUUCCCGGGCGCGGGCAACCCGCAGAUGCAGAAGGGGCAGCAGAACCCGAACAUGAUGCAGGGUAAGGGGCAGCAGCAGCAACAGGCCAUGCCGCGGAACGACCAGCAGCUGACCGCCACCAUGCUGCAGUCCGCCCCGCCGGGCAUGCAGAAGCAGAUGCUGGGUGAGAAGCUGUACCCGGCCGUCAGCCGCUUGCAGCCGGACCUGGCCGGAAAGAUCACGGGGAUGAUGCUGGAGAUGGACAACAGCGAACUGCUGAUGAUGCUCGAAAGUGAGACCCAGCUGCGCCAGAAGGUCGAUGAGGCCAUGCGGGUCUUGCAGCAGAUGCCCAAGUAA